GUGUAAAGGACUGCUGCACAACAGAAAAUCAAGGCAACUGCGUCGCAUUGAAGCAGCAAAGCAGUGAAGGGAAAAGGCCUCAUGGAACCCGCAAGCUGAAGGAUUACAGAGCUGGCAUCAAACACCACCAUGGCAUCAAACAUCACCAUGCUGGAGCUGAACUGUUCCCUCGAGGCUAUUUUCACAUCUGGUGCCCCAGUCUUCGGUGGCGUGGGCUGCCCUGAGGCCGCUGUGGGGUGUGGGAUGAAUAUCUCGCUGGUGCCGGCAAACGCCACUGAGCAGGAUCUAGAGGAGCUGUGCCUGAGUGAGGAGGAGUACCUGGAGAGGUACCUGGGGCCUGUCCGGUCCCCCGUCUUCUCUCCCGUCUGCGUCACCUACCUCGCCAUCUUCAUGGUGGGCGUCCUGGGCAACUGUUUGACCUGCGCCGUCAUCUUGCGCUACAGGGUGAUGCAGACGCCCACCAACUACUACCUGCUGAGCCUGGCGGUGUCUGACCUGCUGGUGCUGCUGCUGGGCAUGCCUCUGGAGCUCUACGACAUGUGGCGGAACUACCCUUUCCUGCUCGGCGAGGGGGGCUGCUACUUCAAAACCUUCCUGUUUGAGACCGUCUGCUUUGCCUCGAUCCUCAAUGUCACCGCCCUCUGUGUGGAACGCUACGUGGCCGUGGUCCACCCCCUGAAAGUCAAACACAUGACCACGCACGCCCACGUGAGGAGGGUCAUCUUCAUGCUGUGGGUUCUGUCCAUGGUGUGUGCCGUGCCAAACACCAGCCUGCACGGCCUCAUGGUGCUGCCCCCAAGGUUUGGACGACAGUUUCCUCGAUCUACAAUCUGCCAUGUGGUCAAGCCCACCUGGAUGUACAACCUGAUCAUCCUGAUUUCCACGCUGGUCUUCUUCCUGCUCCCCAUGCUGGUAAUCAGCGUUCUCUACCUGCUCAUUGGCCUGCAGCUCCGCAGGGAGAAGAUCAUGACCGUGGCAAACACCACGCGUAGCUUCGGAGAGGAAAGUGUCUCCAGGUCAAGUAAACAGAAGCUGAGCAAACGCAACGUGCAAGUCACCAAGAUGCUGUGUGCGUUGGUGGUCGUGUUCGGCCUCUGCUGGGCGCCCUUCCACGUCGACCGCUUGAUGUGGAGUCACAUCGACACCUCAUCCGAGCAACACCUCAAGCUCUUCGAGCAAAUCCACGUGGUCUCCGGAGUUUGCUUCUACCUGAGCUCCGCCAUCAACCCCAUCCUCUACAACCUCAUGUCCACCAGGUUCAGAGAAAUGUUCAGUCACAUGACUUGUUUCUCUAACAGCUGGCCAAUGCGCUCCAUCUCACAGAGGACCAGGCGCAGCACCUUGAGCGAGAAAAUGCCCAACACUAUGAAUUGGACCUAGGGUCUGGAUAUAAUACACUGAUGGGCAACAACUUACAUUUUUGUUUUAUAAUUGAACAAGUACAGGACACAAGUUGGGUGGAGCAGUGGUGGGAUUAGAGGAUGUGCAUUGUAACUCCUGCUCUGUCCAAAUCCAACAGGAGAAUAAAAGACCAUUUCCAAACCUAUUCAUGUAAAAACAUCUCCCGUUCUGUGUAUGUAGAUUUAACAUUGACAUCUUCUGCUCUUUAAAACUUGUGACUUCCCUGAAAGCUAUUAUCAGUGUGAUACAUGGAUUGUUGUCUUUUACGUAUUUUUGCAAUGCUGGCUUCCCCCAAUCUGACUCUGACUCCAUUGUUGGCAAAGGGCAUUAUUUUUUUUAUGGCAUCGUAAUGCAUUUUCAAUCACACCCGAAACCAGCCACCAGUGCAGAUAGAUGAAAAAAGAUGUAUAUAUUCUCUUCAACUGCAUAUUGCAAAAACGAUUGUUAUUAUGAUUCCUGUCCAGCUUGCUCCUUUUGGCAUUUUUUCCUGUUUUGUAAUCAAAUCGUGAAACUGACCAUCAUCCUGCAGGAAUCAUGUAACACACAGGAGUCCUUAAAAAAGUGGACAGUAUCGUGCAGAGUUUCAGGAGCAGGACCACACGUUAACCUCCUAACCCUCUGUCCUAUACGGCACCCCUUACAAUCCUCUACAUAGGGUCCUGGGGGGGCCCAUCCCGCCAGGUUGCUGCAACAGAUCCCCAGUCCAAAGCUUCCCCACAAAGAAACUGAGACCCAAGAGUACUUUAAACUCUCAUACGUUGCAUCUCGUUGAUGCUGUGGUCCUUGCUAGUGAAUGGGACUCAUGGGAUAUUUAGGAGCUAUCACCCUCAUCAUCAACACAGCAGAUCAGGGAAUAUGUUUCGGGAGAAAGUUGUUCAUCGUCCCAACACAGAUUCAAAAGUUGCUCAAAAUCGAUUUGGAAUAGAUGAACAAUAAAAUAAAAGAUAAAAUGAGGAUUCAGUCAAUUCUCAGACGAACAAUGAAAUGAGCAUACAAAUAAACACAGCAGCCUUUUUAUGCAAUGGAAACACAACCAUUCAGCAGCCUUGACGUUAAUUCAUUUCUAUUGAUGUAAUGUAUUUAUGGUAUUUACCUUAUAAUGCGAGGCAACAUUUCAAUGCUUGCCUAUUGAAUGAAGAGUGAAGGUGUGAGAAUGAAACAGAAAUGAAAGUUAUUAAAGGGAAACAGGAUUAACGAUGGGAUGGUUUGAAUAUGACACAAUGCUAAUUAGUCAGGUGCCUUAAAACUACUUACAGUAUGUUCAUAAAAUUAUAUGAAUAUAUAUAAAAGACAUAAGCGAUACGAUUAUGUAGACCAUCGCAGCAUUCACACAAAUGUAUUCAACAACAAUGUACAAUAUUAGUUAAAUUGUGUAAAGCUCAAUUAACAAAAUAUAUAAAUAUUCUACUUACCUCAUUUUAAAUUGUGGUGUCGAUAUUUUACGGAUGAAAUUACUGCUUUAAAAUUACCUGUACAGUAUAUAGGACAUGUGAAUAUUCAUCAUGUGUUUGAUUGUUGAUAAAGGUCUCUACUAUGUAAUGAAA